AUGUCUCAGUCUUCUUCUCAGAGUCCAGAUAGCUGGAUUGGCACCUUCUGCAACCUGGUCGGCCAUGAAUACUUUGCUGAAGUCAGCGAAGAUUUCAUCGAAGACGAUUUCAACCUGACGGGACUGCAAGCUCAGGUGCCCAUGUACAAGGAUGCACUGGAGAUGAUACUUGAUGUGGAGCCUUCAGAGACCAACUCGUCGGCCUUGUCAGAAGAGGAGGAGGAGGAAGAGGAGGAAGAAGACGAUGGCAUUCUGGGAGACGAACUGGAUGAGCCAGCUGCGAAUCAAAAUGGGGCGUCGAGGCGACAAUCUGGCGGCACGGCAGGCGGCAGAAGACACGGUCGAACCUCAUCUGAUACCUCUGUCAUCGAGUCAUCUGCGGAACUUCUGUAUGGUCUGAUACACGCUCGAUACAUCACUUCCAGACCGGGGAUUCAGCAAAUGAUGGAGAAGUACGAAUUAUCGCAUUUUGGCUUCUGCCCUCGGGUGUACUGUGCUGGAGCAAAAGUGUUGCCGGUCGGUCUAACCGACACCCCUGGGCAACAGACGGUCAAACUCUUUUGUCCAAGCUGUCUGGACGUCUACACCCCUCCGAAUUCUAGAUUUCAGGCGGUCGACGGUGCCUUUUUUGGGACCACUUUUCCAUGCCUCUUCUUCAUGUCCUAUCCAGAUCUAGAUGUUGCCCCGAUCAAGAAACGAAAUCCUCGAGACCCCAGCAGUCAGGCAACCGAUGAUCUGGAAGGCACGUUAAGUCCCAACGAAGGGAAUGCCACGCGUGGGGGCAUAACGGCCAGUCGAAGCUCGAGCCUAACCUUACCUCAGGCUCCCCCGAUCCCCGGCAUCACCUCAGCUAAGGACGACAAGACAUCUGCAUCCGCCAUUGCUCAAGCCACAUUACCUCCGCAACCAGCAACGAUCAACGGCAUUGCCACGCACAACCUUGCGCCAGGUUUAGGAAAGGGCAAAAUUUACGAGCCCAAGAUUUACGGCUUCAAAGUAUCGGAACGAGCGAAGAGCGGGCCCCGAAUGCGCUGGCUCCGGUCUAAACCUCUGGACAUCAAUGAGCUGGACGAAGCAAGAAUAUGGCACGAACGAUAUGGCGGCUCCGUGGAUGGUGAUCCUGAAGAGGAAAUGAGGCGUCUGCCGGGAGGGUCGCAAGAUAACGAAGAUGUUGAUGAUGAUGAUGAAGAGGAGGGGGAGGAAGAGGAAGGUGAUGACGGUGGUGCAGAAGCAGCUGACCAGGACGGAGAUGCGAUUAUGGCCACCCAGGGACAGAAUCAAGUGCCGAUCACUCAAAGCAGCCAGCGGGGCAAGUCAAAACGAGAGCCUGAUGCCGAUGAAGACGCCCUGAUGGCGGGUCAAAGUCAAGGCGGCAAUCGAGGCAAGUCUCGGCGAAAGCCUGGGACGAGGGGACAGGGGGUCGACGUCUCUGUGCAGCAAAAGGGAGAGGGAAAUUGGAUAUGA